CCCGUGUUCUCACGUGCUUCUCUGCCGCAGCAGCAGUCACAUGACCGCGAGACUUCGGCUGGUUACUUCCUGCUCCACGGCUGUUUUUCCUGCGGGAGAAAAUAACAAAUCUGCUUUGGUGUAAUCCGGACCCUGAUAGUCAGGACUGGAGAGGAAACACCGAGGAAUUCAACCAUCAACCUGCACGUUACCGUGUUCACCUGUUAGCUAAACUGCGGGGAGAUGACCACCGGAGGGGCGGGUUGCUAGUUGACUGGAUAAACCGACUAACACCGCCCGCCCUUUCGAAUUACAAAAGAAACAAACGCAUCUUCUUUAUCUGCUAGAAGAGACACCGCUACUGCUUUGUGUUCCUCUCCGUGACUAACGUUAACAUUAGCACCGAGCGGUGGCUUAUUGACGUUAGCUCUCCUUUCCCAAACAACCCGCCAUCGAUAUGUCAAAAUACACAAGCUUUCCAGAGCCGAUGGACGACCCCAACCCUUUCCAAGACCCUGCAGUGACUCAACACAGCAGCAACACAGGAUAUGCCACACUGGACCUUUACAACCCUUUUGAUAAUACUACUGGGCCUCCACCUCCGUAUGAAGCCACCUCUCCCUCUGCUCCAUCUGUGCCUGCACAGACCCCACCCAGCAGGACGACACCCACUGAGCCUCGCAACUAUGGCUCCUAUACCUCGCAGACGGCAGUGAACGCUACCACAGCAGAGCUCCUGAGGAAGCAGGAGGAGCUGGAGAAGAAAGCCCAGGAGCUGGAGAGGAGAGAGCGGGAGCUCGAAUCACACAGUCUGGGACCUGGAGCCUCCCGUCAGAAUAACUGGCCCCCGCUGCCUUCAUUCUGCCCUGUGGGCCCCUGCUUCUACCAGGAUGUCAAUGUGGAGAUCACGCAGCGCUUCCAGCGCACCGUCACCAUCAUGUACUACUUCUGGAUGUUCAGCACUUGUACGAUGCUCUUCAACCUGAUCUCCUCCCUGGCCAUGUUCUGCGUGGACUCCUCGGGUGGUGUUGGUCUGGGCCUCGCCAUCCUCUGGGCUCUCCUCUUCACCCCCUGCUCCUUCAUCUGCUGGUACCGCCCCGUGUACAAAGCCUUCAGGAGUGACAGCUCCUUCAAUUUCUUCGUCUUCUUCUUCGUUUUCUUUGCCCAAGUGGUCACCUACGUCAUCAUGACUAUCGGUAUCCCUGGAUGGGGUUUCAGCGGGUGGAUCGUGAGCCUGGCUGCUCUGAAGACCAGUGUCCCUGUCGGUGCGAUCAUGAUGAUGAAUGCCGUCCUCUUUACUGCUCAAACCGCCAUAGGGGUUGUCAUGUUGAAGAAGAUCCACAGUCUGUACAGGCAGACCGAUGCCAGCUUUCAGAAGGCCCAGGCCGAGUUCGCCACCGGAGUCAUGUCCAAUCAGGCCGUACGGCAGGCUGCCACCACCGCAGCCACCACCGCUGCCACCAGCGCUGCCCAGGGGGCCUUCAAUGCACCUCGAUAGAGAGGGACGUGGGGGGUUGGGAGGGUAAGAAGGGGGGCCCUUUCAGCUUGAUGGAGGAUCUGUUUGGUAUUUAUUUCCCCACAGGUGAUUAGAAUUUGUCUGUAUAGUUACCCCUGAGCAUUCGAACUUCAGGGCACCUGCAUGAGACCGAGGUGGGGUUGUCUAAUUUCAGAAGGUGUACAGGACAAGUUAGUUACAUUGCCAAACCAGGAGUUAACAAAUCUUCAAGUGUUGAUUGAAGGAAAGGAAAGAUGAUGUGAAAUGUAAAAAAACCGAUAAGAUGCUGAAGCUGUAUAACACUAAACACAGUCGUAGUGUCAGUGAAUGCAGGGAAAAUACUUUCUUUUGUAUGGAAAAACAAGCUGUGUGCCAAGUAGGACAGUGUUAGCCUGGAUAGUUUUUAUUUUAAAUGACUUGGAUGUACAUUGUGUUUACAAGGAGCCAUGUUUGAGUCGGAGCUGAACACUGAAAAGUUGCCGCUUUAACAUUUGAUCCAUAACUGAGUGGCUCAACGCUAUUUUUAUUUUUGUUUCUUAAAUGUAAACUAACACAUUUUGUUAUUAUUCCAAAUGAGAAUGCCUAUUUACCUGUUUGCCAAAACCUCUCAUACUGUAAAGAUUAUGAACUUGUGUUGUUUUGGUUAAAAUAUAUCUGUUACUGUUCUGUUGGUGCUGCUUGUGGUUCUUAUGAUGAUUAUUACAGGUCACUGUCUUGGUUUUAAUAAAAAUAUAUUGUCAUGCUUA